UGCACAUGAAAACAGUCUCGCUGUGUGAUCACUGUACUUUCUCUUUUGACAGAUGUCAGACUGUGGCGCAUGAAACGAGCCUUUAACUGCGCUUUAACUUCGACUCGCUGACACUCCCCGAUUCCUUGCGGGCGUUGUUGCUCUGACACCGGCGCUCUUGCACAACUUUGGGAAGUAUGUGGAUGUGUUGCUGAGAGCUGAGAAGGAAUGUGCACAUUUGGUAGCUUUUCCUCCUGCGUGUGGAUUUUUUGCACUCGGAAUAGUGUCGUGACUUCGGCCACAGCGUGCGGUGUCCAUCUGUGUUAUCGGGGGGGUUAUCCUAAGCUUUGCAAAUCGACAGCGAGCAUGCAGCAUGAUGUGGAGCUGCACCUCUGCCUGUUACGCACUGUUUACCUGUGUUGAAGCCGAGCGAGGUUGCACGUCGUGCCUGUGCUGUGGCUCCAUGGGUAACCGCCGCGCGUAACGCUGGCUCUCCAUGGAGUUCUGGUGGAGACGCCGCUCAUCACAACCAACACUUUAAAAGACAGUGACUGACACUUGAAACAAGAUGAGUCAAGAUCAGGACGGAAUCUCUUUACAGGUGCCUUGCAUCGGUGCUUGCCCCGCCAGAGAGAGCCUCGGCGGUGAAAGCACCACCAUCAGCGGCGGCGGUUGUGGAGGUGGAGGCACCUCUGGUAUUCCUGCAGCCGGGACUUUCUGGCAGGACUCGGUGCUCGCAGGCGGGGGUCUCAGCCCGACCGCCGUGAGCUGCUCAUUGGACGGGGGUGGCUUGCUGUCUACGGGGAAGUCAUGCAAAAACAGGCCGGUGACAGUAGCUUAUGUGGUGAACUGCGAGGUGAGCCUGCAGAAUAACGUGGAGAGCAUGGCGCUGCAGUGCCUGAAGGACGCCUGUGAUGCGGUGGGCAGCAAGCUGGAGGCGGUGAACUUUGGGAAACUGGACUUUGGGGAGACCAUGGUGCUGGACAGCUUCUAUAACGCAGACAUAGCCGUGGUGGAGAUGACGGACGCCUUUCGUCAGCCCUCGCUCUUCUACCACCUCGGAGUCAGAGAGAGCUUCAGCAUGGCCAACAACAUCAUCCUGUACUGCGACACUAACUCCGACUCCCUCCAGUCCCUGCAGGAGAUAAUUUGCCAGAAGAACACUACAUGCUCAGCCAACUACACCUUCAUCCCGUACAUGGUGACGCCACACAACAAGGUGUACUCCUGCGAGGGUAGCCUGAUGAAGGGCCUGACCGAGCUGAUGCAGCCCAGCUUUGAAAUGCUGCUGGGGCCCAUCUGCAUGCCCCUGCUGGACCGCUUCAUCCAGGUGCUCAAAGUGUCACAAGCCAACUCCCAUCAGUAUUUUCGUGAGACGAUUCUGAAUGAGAUCCGUAAAGCUCGAGAGUUGUACACCGGCAUGGAGCUGGCCACCGAGCUCAGCCGAAUCCAACAUCGGCUGGACAACGUGGAGUGCCUUUCAGUCGACAUCGUCAUCAACCUGCUGCUGACGUACAGGGAUAUCCAGGAUUAUGAGUCCGUCGUGAAGCUGGUGGAGACUCUGGAGAAGCUUCCGACCUUUGACCCCGUGGCUCAUCCACAUGUGAAGUUCCACUACGCCUUUGCACUGAAUCGGAGGAACCUGCCGGGCGACAGACAGAAAGCCCUGGACAUCAUGCUGCCUCUGGUGAAGGGCGAUGAGCAGGUGGCUUCGGAUAUCUACUGCCUGGUGGGACGGAUCUAUAAGGACAUAUUCCUGGAGUCUCACUUCACCGACACGCAGAGCAGAGACAGCGGCACACAGUGGUUUAAAAAGGGGUUUGAGUCAGAGCCAACACUACACUCCGGUAUCAACUACGCUGUUCUCCUCCUGGCAGCCGGACACCAGUUUGACACGUCUUUUGAGCUUCGCAAAGUUGGGGUGAAGCUGAGCAGCCUGCUGGGUAAAAAAGGCAGCCUGGACAAGCUGCAGAGCUACUGGGAUGUGGGCUUCUUCCUGGGCGCCAGCAUCUUGGCCUGCGACAACACCAGGGUCAUCCAGGCCUCGGAGAAACUCUUCAAACUCAAAGCCCCCAUCUGGUAUCUGCGCUCGCUGGUGGAGACCAUCCUGAUCUACCAGCACUUCAAGAAGCCAGGCAUGGAGCAACCAGCACCCAAACAGGAGCUGGUGGACUUCUGGAUGGACUUUCUGGUGGAGGCAACGAAAAAGGACGUCUCCUCAGUGCGAUUCCCUGUGCUGAUAUUGGAGCCCACUAAAGUGUACCAGCCUUCAUAUUUGUCCAUAAACAAAGACGUGGAUGACAAUACAGUGUCUAUCUGGCACGUCGCCUCUGAUGACAAGAACAAGGGGAUCCAUGAGUGGAACUUCAGUGCCACGUCUGUACGAGGUGUCAGCAUCUCCAAGUUUGACGAGCGCAGUGCCUUCCUCUACGUCCUUCACAAUGCAGAGGACUUCCAGAUCUACUUCUGUACAGAGAUGCACUGUAAAAGAUUCUGUGAUCUGGUCAACAGCAUAACAGAGGAGGCCUGGAAAGGUCCAGAGGAGGGAGACUGUGACACUGAAGCCUUAGAGUACGACUAUGAGUACGACGAGCAUGGAGAGAGGGUGGUUCUGGGAAAAGGCACAUUCGGGGUGGUGUACGCGGGCCGAGACCUCAGCAACCAGGUCCGCCUGGCCAUCAAAGAGAUACCUGAGAGAGACAGCAGGUAUUCUCAGCCCCUACACGAGGAGAUCGCUCUCCACAAACACCUGAAGCACAAGAACAUCGUCCAAUACCUUGGCUCCAUCAGCGAGAACGGCUUCAUCAAGAUCUUCAUGGAGCAGGUGCCUGGAGGGAGUCUGUCUGCACUGCUGAGGUCCAAGUGGGGACCCCUGAAAAACAACGAGCCAACCAUCGGCUUCUACACACGGCAGAUCCUGGAGGGACUCAAAUACCUACACGACAAUCAGAUAGCACACCGAGACAUCAAGGGUGACAACGUUCUCAUCAACACCUACAGCGGCGUCCUAAAGAUAUCAGAUUUCGGCACGUCCAAGAGGUUGGCCGGGAUCAACCCCUGCACUGAGACUUUCACAGGCACACUACAGUACAUGGCUCCUGAGAUUAUAGACAAAGGUCCACGGGGCUACGGCAAGCCAGCUGACAUCUGGUCUCUGGGCUGCACCAUCAUAGAGAUGGCGACUGGGAAACCACCUUUCUAUGAACUGGGAGAACCACAGGCUGCCAUGUUCAAGGUGGGCAUGUUUAAAAUCCACCCAGAGAUCCCAGAGUCCAUGUCGCCAGAAGCCAAGGCUUUCAUCCUGCGCUGCUUCGAGCCAGACCCGGACCACCGAGCCACGGCCUUUGACCUGCUCACAGACGAGUUCCUCACCGUCACCAGCCGCAAGAGGAAGACUAAGGGUAGCUUCACAGCUCUGUCUCCAGGGACAGAGUACCUUCGCAGUAUCUCCCUGCCGGUGCCGGUGGUGGUGGAGGACACAAGCAGCAGUAGUGAGUAUGGCUCUGUCUCCCCUGACAACGACCUCAACACCAACCCCUUCAUCUUCAAGCCCAGCGUCAAGUGCUACAGCGAGAGGGAUGUCAAGGGGCCCAGGUCCCUCUUCCUCAGCAUUCCAGUGGAAAACUUCGAGGACCACAGCGCUCCUCCGUCUCCCGAUGAGAAGGAUUCUGGCUUCUUCAUGUUGCGGAAGGACAGCGAGAGGCGAGCCACCCUGCACCACAUCCUGACCGAGGACAGGGACAAGGUGGUGACCAACCUGAUGGAGGCCCUCACACAGGGUUCGGAGGAAAUGAAGCUGAAGCGUCAGCAUAUCUCUACUCUGGUGGUGAGUUUGGCCGACUUUGUUCGCAUGGCCGACAGGAAGAUCAUCUCCAACACGCUGUCCCAACUCAAGCUGGAGCUGGACUUCGACAGCACCGCCAUCAGUCAGCUGCAGGUCCUUCUGUUUGGCUUCCAAGAUGCUGUAAACAAAGUGCUGCGAAACCACAACAUCAAGCCUCACUGGAUGUUCGCCCUGGACAACAUCAUCCGCAAAGCUGUGCAGACCGCUAUCACAAUCCUGGUGCCAGAGCUGAGGCCUCACUUCAGCCUGGCCUCAGAAAGCGACGCAGCUGACCAGGAGGACGUCGACGAUGACGGCGAGCCCGAGAGAAACUCCACCCACCAGAGCGGUGCGCCUCCCGUCGCCACUCACGACGACACGGUGGCCACGUCGGGGGUCAGCACCCUCAGCUCCACAGUGUCACACGAGUCCCACAAUGCACAGCGCUCUAUAAGCAUGGAGCUGGGCAGGAUGAAGCUGGAGACCACUAGGCUACUGGAACAGCUGCUGGAGAAGGAGAGAGAGUACCAGGCCAUCCUCCAACAAGUGCUGGAGGAGAGAGACCAGGAGAUCAGACUACUGAGGCUGCGAUCUGAGCCCGCAGCAGACACCCCCGUGUCAUCAAGCAGCCUGGAGGGACAGACGAGUCAACCUGCAGAGUUACACGAAGACCCGGAGCUGAGCAGCUGGCUGAGGCUUUACGGUGCUGACCAGGACUCCAUAGACAGGAUACUCAGAGAGGAGUAUACACUGAAUGACAUCCUCCAUGAUGUAACAAGAGACGAUCUCAAGAGUUUAACCCUGAGAGGUGGAAUCCUGUGUAAACUAUGGAAGGCCAUCACAGACUACAGGCAGAAGCCAACCUGAGGCCUUGAGCUGAGGAAAACCACUCAGAAAAGCCAGGACCUUUGUCCCAACAACUCAGUAUUCUCCUCUUUACCUCAGUAUUUAUAAGAGCAAGACUUUUAGGAGAAGAACCUGUGUUUGCCACGCACACUGUGCAGCUUUCCAACCACGCAAGAAAAUCCUGGACUGUUUUUUUUUUUGGAAAGAAAUGUGGCAAAAAAAAGGUCAUUUGAAAGCAAGAAUCACUGAGAAGUGCCACUAGUUUUGUUAUGCCUGAUGGACACAACACCGCUUUUUGUUACAGGUUAAAAAUGACAAGUAGUGAGAAAAUUCAAAACAAUCUUUGAAAUCUUUGAAACUGUCAAAACAUUUUCUCCUGUCUUUACGAGAUGUAAUGUUUACAAAAACCGGUGACUGACCGUUUUCUAACACAAGCCUGAGAUACAAAAUAAAAUACUACAUUCAAAAAGAAAAAGGAAAUUUUGUUCUUACAUCUGUACUAAUGUUUUUAUUUUAGGCAUCUUAUCACUACUUUUAUUUAAAUAUAUUUUUUAAUUUAAUUCUUAUGGGAAUCUGAAGGAUGUCAAUGCAUGCCCUGUUUUUUUGCUGUUUUUUUUUUUGUUUGUUUUUUUUUAAUCUGUACUGAGACUUAUUUAAAUUGUCUAUGCUUUUUUUCCCACAUUUCCUUUUAUAAUACGAAUCUACAUUUUUAUUUUUCAGAAACAUGUAAAUAUUGUGUUAUAGAAUUCUAUGUUAAAUGACAUUUAUGUACUUUUAAAAAAAAUACAUAGAUUAAACAUAAUUAAAUAGUCUCCAUAUGGUUCAGACUGACUUGAUAAUGAAUACGCGUGAAAAUGAAUUGUAUAGUAUUGUGUCAUUUCAUAGGACAUAAUAUUCAUUUAUCAAUUAAUUUUACAUCAGAUCAUUUGCUCCGUUUAUAUUGUUGUACACUGACUAAAAUUUGUUUUCUUGUUUGAGAAGUUUUUCUUGUGUAGAUAUGAUCAUUCAAUCAGAUGUAUGUUGUGAUGAAAAUUUGAAAUGCAAACAAAUUUCAUACAGACGCCUUGACCUUUUUUUAUUUUAAACCAUGAUGUCAGAAAUAGGGGAAAUAAUCAUGAGCAGUGUGUCCGUAUUGUUUCAUAUCUGAAAUGAUUUAAGAUUUUUGUGUCAUAUUGUUAAAUAAAACGUUUCAUCUUGAAACUGUGAAAGAAGUGUGA